AUGCACAACAGCAACAGCGACACCAAUAUCUACAACAAUAUCAAUAAUAACAUUAAUAACAACAAUAGUUACAAUAAUUACAACGACAAUGUCAACACCAAUAUUCCAAGCAAUUAUAAUUACGACAACAUCAACUCUCCAACCUACACCGAAGAUAAAGUUCCCUAUGUGACUUUCAACAGACAGCCAAACUUUUUCCCCCAAAAGACUUUAAAUAAGGCUUCGACUUUUAAGUUGAAAUUGGAAAAUUACUUUAAGCUAAAGGCCCAAGAUGUUAGAGAAAAUACUCAAACUGUUUUAGAUUUAGAGAAAAAGCUCAAAUACCAAGAGUCAUCAAUGGCUUCAAAAAAUAGAACAAAACAAAGAUUUAUUCAAAGACAGUCCCAAUUUUUAAGGUUAAAGAGAACUAAACUAACUAUAGACGAUUUUCAAACUAUAAAAGUCAUUGGUAAAGGUGCAUUUGGAGAAGUCAGAUUAGUUCAAAAGAAAGAUAAUAGAAAUAUUUUUGCCAUGAAAAGAUUAAUAAAAUCUGAAAUGUACCAAAGAAAUGAAAUAAAUCACGUUAAAGCUGAAAGAGAUAUCAUGGCCCAAACUACUUCGCCAUGGGUUGUCUCCUUAUAUUUCUCCUUCCAAGAUUUAAAAUAUUUGUAUCUCAUUAUGGAGUAUCUACCCGGUGGUGACUUGAUGGGUUUAUUGAUCAGAUUGGAUCGUUUCACUGAAGAAGUCACUAAAUUUUACAUGGCUGAAAUGAUUUUGGCAAUCGAAGAAGUUCAUCGACUAGGUUAUAUCCACAGGGAUAUUAAACCUGAUAAUGUUCUUAUCGAUAAUUUUGGCCAUUUGAAAUUAUCCGAUUUUGGCUUGGCAACUAAUUUCCAUAGUCAUAAUGAUAUCAACUAUUAUCAAAAUAUUUUAGCCAAGUUGAAUUACUACGAUUAUAACAACACUUCAAAGAGAAAUACUACCAUCGUUGAAAACCCAAUUCAUUUGACAAUGAAUGAUGAAGAAAAAAUGCAAACUUGGAGAAAAUCAAGAAGAUUAUUAGCUUAUUCAAGAGUUGGUACCCCAAACUAUAUCGCUCCAGAAAUCUUCUUAAACAGAGGUUAUGGUCCCGAGUGUGAUUGGUGGUCUUUAGGUGCUAUUAUGUAUGAAUGUUUAAUAGGUUGUCCUCCCUUUUGGGCUGAAACUAAUGAAGAUACUUGUAAAAAAAUUCUUUACUGGCAACAUUAUUUCUAUAUUCCAGAACAUAUCCAUUUAUCUACAGAAGCCGAAGAUUUGAUUAAAAGAUUACUAACUGAUUCUGACAAAAGAAUUGGCAGGUUCAAUGGCGCUGCAGAGAUUAAAAACCACCCAUUUUUCAGGGGCGUUGAUUGGAAUUCUUUAAAACAAAUUAUCCCACCUUUUGUACCUGAUAUAAAGUCAGUAACUGAUACUAGGUAUUUCGACGUUAGUGAUAUUCAAAUAACUGAUGAUAGUUUAAAUGCAAAUGAUAUCGACACUGUGGAUUUACCAUUUGUUGGUUACACUUAUUCAAGAUUUGAUAAUUUGUCAAAGAGAAAUAUUUUUUAA